CGACGUCAGUUUAAAAAAAGGAAUUUCCCCUGAAGACAUAUAAAUUCUCAUACGUGAUGAAGCGUUUGUUACUUCUGUCGUUUGUUGUCUUGGUGCAUUUUCCGCUUGAGUUGCUGUAGUAAUAUGAACUGCUACCAGGCUGCUCUCUUAGUCGCAUUACUGGGAUUUGUGGGAUCUGCCCCUCUCCCUGAAAAGCGGGAUAGUAUGGACAGUCAUUUUAUUGGAUAUGCUCAUAGCUUUAUCAGCACAGUUCUGAAAGGGAUUCCUGCAGCUCACGCAUCCUGGAUAAACUCUCCGAGCCUAAAGCUGGGAAGUUCAGUUAAUCCAGAGCUGCAGCACUUGAAGGAAAAUCUCAUUCCUUCUGCUCCUGUUCUUGAGAGCAUCUCUGACAACUUCACCCUGGAGAUUUGCCUCGAUCGCAUAUUCAAAGGACUGAAGCUACAUGUCAAUCUCCUGACAGAGAUCAGCGAAGGCACCAAGCUCAAACAAACAGAACAGGUGGCCGAACUUCAAGCUGACAUUGAAGAACUUCUGUCGCUUAUUAACAAGAUGCAGACUGAAGCUGGAUUUGAGCGCUCAGUGGAGGCAUCCCAGCAUGACCUCGCCAAAAAUCUGAAAUCUACAUACAUAACCCAGGUGGCCGCACACCUGACCCUACAACAGCUUCAGGUGUUUAGCUGUGAUGUGCUGCGCAGUAUCCUCUCUUUCCGUGACAUGACCCCCAGCCCGUCCACUUCAGAGGACUGGGAACAAUGCCCGUGAUGUUGUUGCAUUCAGUGGCGUGUUCACUUUUGGGAUGAACAAAUUACUAGUCGCUGGAAAUGUAUGUAGGGCUGUUUACUGCUGGCAGUUUUUAUCUAUUUAUUUAUAAAGGUAUUUAUUUGAACAAUUUCGGUUAAAAUUUCAAUAAGAUCAGUAUAUUUAUUUGAACCUUUAGGAACUUCCUGAAACUGGUAUUCUUCCAAAAGGAAAUAUGUGAAAUGUGAGCAUGGCGCUAGCAACGCUAAUGUCAUGGGUUCGAUCCCAGGGAUUGCACUUAAAAAAAAAAAAAAUAGUACAAUGCAAUGCAAGUUGCUUGAGGUAAAUGUAAAUGUAAAGGAAAGAAGUGCUGUUUGUUGAGCAUAUGACCGUGAGUUGUUAUUGGUCAUUGUAUCAUCCCCUAAUCUCUGUGAGAACUCUUUUCCUUACAUGAUGUAAUGUAGUAACAUGUUUUUUCUUACUUAUUAAUGAGAUGUCAUGUGGUUUUAUGUAAGAUUAAAUUAUAUAAUUUAUUUUCCUAUUUAUUUAUUUAAUUGAAGAGCAUUUAAAAAAAUUUUUUUUUUAAUUUGUAUGUUUGAGGUGCCUCACAUUUGGUUUAUUAAAACAAAUAAAACUAUUUCAAAGUUUGUGCAUUACUAUGAAUUCUUAAUCUUCAAUCUGUGAUAAAACGAAACAAUUUUGAGGCUAAAAAUGUGUUCCUAUGUUACUGUAUUUGACAGGUAUUAUUUAAUAUUCUCAAAUUUUCCUUACUGAAGUACUUAAGUUUGUAAUACAAAUACUCUCAUGGAGGGACCUGAAUAACUUCUCCGCUUUAAAUGAUAAUAAAAAAUAUCGUUAAAAUGGUACAGACUGUUUCUUUGGACACACACGAGCUUGUCCCGAAGUUAAAGGGAUGGUUCACCCAAAAAUACAAAUUCUGUCAAGAUUUACUCAUCCUCUAGUAAGUCUAGUUGUUCCAAACCUGUAUAUAUUUCUUCGUUCUGUUGAACACAAAAUAAUAUAUUUCGAUUUGAAUGUUAGCUGACAGUUCUGGGACAUCAUGAUAGAAGGAAAAAUGAAAACGGUAGUCAAAGGAGCCCCAGAACAAAGAAAUUACACAACAAUUAUACAUUAUAAUAAAUAAAGUUAUUUUAUAUAAUUUUUUUAUUGUAUAUUUAUUUUAAUAAAUUAAAGUAAAACUACUCAACAGUUAUAUAUUCUUUGUGGAGGUCUACCGGAAGUUAAGAUUGUUAAACGUUUGUUACACGUUUGUUUAUGUUGUAAGCCGCUGUAACUUGUUCACAUUGGUCAAGAAAAGAAAAUACCAGGUACACCCUCUGACACUGUGGGAAUUCCUUGAUGUCUUCUAGAAUGUUCAUCACACAGGAUAUGAUGCAACAGCCGUCCUAUUUUUAUCCAGUAUUUUUGCGUGGGAUUGGGAAAUCCCAGUGUACGAUUAAAUGAAAAACAGUCACACUACAAGUAUCUUUUGGAUAUUAUGCCCACCAGGCAAAUAAAAGAAUACUAUACGAUACCAUAUAAGAAUGCCAAUAAACAUCUUAUUAAUGAACAAAGAGGUCUCAUUUAUAAAAUGUCUCACAGUCAACACUGAAUUGGAUGUGUGGACAAGUAAUGAUUAAAGGUAAAUCAAUUGAGCAUGAAAGGCUUGGCAACUUUGUCGGAAAAGGAAGGUGUGAAUAGUGCCAUAAUGUCCACACAUUACCAGUUUGUUCAAUGACA